AUCAAUACCUCCUAAUUCGACUAGAACUCCAGUUUCUAAAUGUUGUAUAAAUUUAGGUCUAAGGUAUGAUGUGCUUAUAGUCAUUAUCACAGAAAAAUUCUUAAAAUCUUAGCAAAAGGUGUGGAGAGGUGAGGUUAAGAGCAGAAAAAAGUUCCAGAGAGUUGAAGAAAAGAAGACGAUACGCAUAGAAAAAAUUAAAGAAAACAAAUUUUGAGGAUCAAUUAUGGCUCCAAUCAAGUUGGUGAUUAAGUUGAAUGGUCGACCAAUUUGUAAGCGAAAAUUAGAGAUUGAAGAUCAUAAUGGGCUACAAGAGGAGAAAUCAUCUAAAAAGGUACGUCUUCUUGAUUCUGGAAACAAGGUUUAUGUGAUUAAGAUGAAUGGUCGGCCAAUUUGUAAGCGAAAAUUAGAGAUUGAAGAUCGUAAUGGGAUACAAGAAGAGAAAUCACCGAAAAAGGUACGUCUUCUUAAUUCUGAAAACAAUGUUGAUGAUUUGCUGUUAGGGUUGAAAAAGAAUAGGAAGAGAGAUUUAUAUAACCAAAAAGAGAAUUAUCGAUUACUGUUACGUAAUAAACUGUGUGGAAUAAUGUUCAGGAGAAGUUUGUUGCGUCGGGAAAAACUUUGUUUAGUUCUUGAUUUAGAUCAUACAUUACUUCACUCGGUUAAGAUUUCGGAUGUGUCGUUGGAUGAACAGGACUAUCUCAAUAGUAAAUCAGGGUUAAUUACAUGCAUGAAGACUGCUGGGAGACAUAGCUUAUACAACCACAACGGAAGGUAUACAAGGUUAAGGCCUUAUGUGCGAGAUUUUCUUGAACAAGUAUGCCAGAAAUUCGAGCUUUACGUUUAUACCAAGGGAGAACGGUGGUACGCUAAAGAGGUGGUUAGAUUGAUUGAUCCUAAAAGUGUUUAUUUUAAGAACAAAGUGAUUUCGAAAGAUGAUUCUACUGUCAGAAAUCGAAAAAAUCUAGACGUGGUUUUGGGAGCAAAUGCAACUAACACGGUAAUUAUCGACGAUACGGAGUCAGUCUGGAAAGAGCACAAAGAUAACAUAAUUCGCAUCAACAAAUUUAAUUAUUUUUCAUCAAGAAACGGCGGUGGAUAUCGGUUAAACAUGGAUAAUGAUGAGUUGGAUGAAGACGACGGUGCCCUCAAAAGAAUCUUAGAAGUUCUGCAGCGUGUUCAUGAUAAGUUCUUUGAAGAGUUCCCAGUCAAGAAUGAUGUUAGACCAGUGUUGAAAGCGAAUAUUAUCAUACGGACUUCUUUGCUUCUGGGUUCUGGAGAGCUUUUGUCAUGUGCGGCUAUAAUAGGCUUAAUCCAAGGAAUGCAUGGAUUCAUUCUUUUGAGGACCCAAGUUACUUAAGCCAAGGACGAUCAAGCAAUGACUUAUCCUGUAAUGUUGCAGCGUCAGUUUGUCUGGCCUUCCAGUGAUUUGCACAAUUGAUGUCUUAUAAACAAGGAUUUCUUGGUGACAAAAUGAGUUUGCAGGCAACGCACGCUGAAGUAACAACAUACUACUUGGUGUUGGUUUCAAAUGGUGGACCUUUGUAGGAUUCAUUCUUGUGAGGACCCAAGUUGCUUAAGCCAAGGACGAUCAAGCAAUGACUUAUCCUAUUGUGUUGCAGUUUCAGUCUGUCUGGCCUUCCAUGCUACAGUGUUUUGCAGAAUUGAGGUCUUAUAAACAAGGCAACGCACACGGAAGCAAGUUAGUGCAAAUAGGAGUAAAAAUAUACUACUUUCAAAUGGUGGACCUGUUACACCUCAUUGAAAGAACUAAAGAGGAAACACUUUGUCCCACGUCCUAUCUGUGCAUUGGAUUGGUUACCAUUCUUUGUUGACAGCUUGAAUAACCCCUGUUUAAGAGCUUAUGUUUCAGUGUGCAUCUUCUUCAUAUAUUGAUCUGUUACAGCAGUAAAUAUUUAUUUCGAGUCUCAAAUAACUUCAGUUGUCUUAGAAUGCUAUCCUAAAAUCUCAGAAAAAUACAAACUUUAUAAAAACCAAUUUGAUCCAUACAUGACUAACAGAUGAGAUCAGAUUCAGCAGAUUCCAUUGUAGCCUGUUAAUUAUCAAUAUCAGUACGAAAAUGUUAAGAUGGAUACUAAGCCUCAUGAAUAUUUUCCGCAAUCGGGGAGUAAUAGUAGCAUCCAGGUGCUGGUUCUAGUUCUCAGCCUAAUUUUCUCUCAUUAUGACAUUGGAGAGAGAAGACAUACUUGAUAAUUUUACGCUUGCUACAACAUAGAAAAUGGAGGGAGAAAUUAUCCGUGAGCACAACAACAGUAGGCAGGCAAAUGUGAACUUCUACGAACCUACAUAUCUAUGGCGCUUUCAGUUUUCCUAUUGGAUGAUGUAACUACCUGGUGCAUAUGAUGUUUGAUGCUUCUAGUCCUACCUAAUGUAAAGUUUCCUGCCAUUUCAGUAAUUUAUGAUAAUCUUUUUUUUUUUCCUUUUUUUGUAAGUUGAAAUGCAUUCAAAAAUGGACUAACUUGCGGAGU